GCCUCACAGAAUCCAGCUCUCCCACAGGUCGGCGGAUCCAGCUGGGCGAGGCCAGGGGCGGGAGUCGAACCCGAGGGCGCCAGCGGGCCGGCUUCGGCGGAAUGGCGGCUGCAGCCGUGAGCGGUGCCAAACGGAGCCUACGGGCCGAGCUGAAGCAGCGUCUGCGGGCCAUCAGCGCCGAAGAACGGCUGCGCCAGUCCCGCCUACUGACGCAGAAGGUGAUGGCCCACAAUCAGUAUCGGAAUUCCAAAAGAAUUUCCAUCUUUCUGAGCAUGCAAGAUGAAAUUGAGACCGAAGAGAUCAUCAAGGACAUUUUCCAACAAGGCAAAAUCUGUUUUAUCCCUCGGUACCAAUUCCAGAGCAACCACAUGGAUAUGGUAAAAUUAGCCUCACCUGAAGAAAUUUCUUUAUUUCCCAAAACAUCCUGGAAUAUUCAUCAACCUAGUGAGGGUGAUGAUCGUGAGGAGGCUUUGUCAACAGGGUCCUUUUGGGAGCAGGAGCCGAACAGCCCACCACUGGUCCUGAAGGAGAGCUGGCUGUCUGCAGAGUGUCUGCAUAGGAGGAGGAAGAGGGCAGUGCUGAUGAAAGCCUGCCCCUCUCCCAAGCUCCUUCACAGGGGAUGCUGGUGCCCCAGUUGACCAUGUGCUUCAGUGGAAAAGCCAGAGCACAGAAGGUCCUACCUGUGAGAGGAACUGACAUGCCCUGACCAGUCUGUCCUUUGGAACCUCCAAGGUAGGAUGGACCCAUGUGAUGGUGAGACAGGCAGGGUGUGGUUCUGCAGGACCCAGUUUCUCCCCUCGUUGGAUCUCUUUUUUCAGGCAGGCUGCAGCCUGCUUGCAUGGGGCAAGAUAGACCCCUUGGAGAAAGAAGAAGGUAUCCAGUUGUUGUCUUUAUAAUGAGGGGGACUUUUUAUUUUCAGGGAAGAAGAAAGUCACCUGUUCUAUCCUUGCUCUAAAUAGCAGCCAUCAAACUGACACACUGACCCCCAUCUGAAUUCUGUGGCAUCUUUCAAUUGAUUAAAACCCUGAGAAGAAGAAGAAUGCCCUAGUUGCACUGUGUUCACUUCAUUUUGUUCUC